GACACUGGGGACCCAGAGGGGAAGUGGUAACAGGGACGGACGGAAGGCCAGACCUCCUCUCACUCACUCAUCUACGAAAGUGUAAAAGCAAGAAAAACCAGGCUGGGGCUGCAGCUCCCUGGACCUACGUGGGGGUCCUGUCCAGGUCUCCAGAUCUAAAUACAAAAUAGCCAGGACAAGGCUUCACAAGACCCUGGAGGCCAGCGGCUGACAAAUGACUGAACAGCUGUCUGCAGCCACGCCGUGCCUGAGUGAGGAGGCGUAGGCACCAGCCGAGGCCACCCAGCAAACAUCUAUGCUGACUCUGAAUGGGCCCAGUCCUCCGGAACAGCUCCGGUAGAAGCAGCCAAAGCCUGUCUGUCCAUGGCGGGAUGCCGGGAGCUGGAGUUGACCAACGGCUCCAAUGGCGGCUUGGAGUUCAACCCUAUGAAGGAGUAUAUGAUCUUGAGCGAUGCACAGCAGAUCGCUGUGGCGGUGCUGUGUACCCUGAUGGGGCUGCUGAGCGCCCUGGAGAACGUGGCUGUGCUCUAUCUCAUCCUGUCCUCGCAGCGGCUCCGCAGGAAGCCCUCGUACCUGUUCAUCGGCAGCUUAGCCGGAGCUGACUUCCUGGCCAGCGUCAUCUUUGCCUGCAACUUCGUCAUCUUCCACGUCUUUCACGGUGUGGACUCCAGGAAUAUCUUCCUGUUGAAGAUCGGCAGCGUGACCAUGACCUUCACGGCCUCUGUGGGCAGCCUGCUGCUGACCGCUGUUGACCGAUACCUAUGUCUGUGCUACCCACCUACCUACAAAGCUCUCGUCACCCGUGGGAGGGCACUGGUGGCCCUUGGUGUCAUGUGGGUCCUCUCGGCAUUGAUCUCCUACCUACCGCUCAUGGGGUGGACUUGUUGUCCUAGUCCCUGUUCUGAACUUUUCCCCCUGAUCCCCAACGACUACCUUCUGGGCUGGCUUCUUUUCAUUGCCAUCCUCUUUUCUGGCAUCAUCUAUACCUAUGGGUAUGUCCUCUGGAAAGCACACCAGCAUGUAGCCAGCUUGGCUGAGCACCAGGACAGGCAGGUGCCUGGGAUAGCUCGGAUGCGGCUAGACGUGAGGUUGGCCAAGACUCUGGGCCUGGUCAUGGCUGUUCUGCUCAUAUGCUGGUUCCCUGCACUGGCUCUCAUGGGCCAUAGCCUGGUCACCACACUGAGUGACAAGGUCAAGGAGGCCUUCGCCUUCUGCUCCAUGCUGUGCCUUGUUAACUCCAUGGUCAAUCCUAUCAUUUAUGCCCUGCGGAGUGGAGAGAUCCGCUCUGCUGCCCAGCACUGCCUGACAGGCUGGAAGAAAUAUCUCCAGGGCCUCGGAUCUGAGGGGAAAGAAGAAGCCCCAAAGUCCUCAGUUACAGAGACAGAGGCUGAGGUGAAAACCACCACAGGGCCGGGAUCCAGAACACCAGGCUGCUCCAAUUGCUGAUACGGCCUGUCCUUCUAUGGAAGCAGUCCGAGUCAGAAGUCAGGUCACUCCCUCCAGAAGAGAGGGGUCCCGGACCCUGAAUCUUUCUGAAGCCAGCUCUAGGGUAAUGGAAACAGAACCUCCCACCCCCUUUUUUGCUAAGGAGUGCUGGGGUUCAUGGCUGGAAGACGGCCUGGUCUUGCCUACCUUACGCAGUCUGUGGAGAGGGGCCUGUAAAAAUGGCGGGCGGGCUCUGUUCACAUCAAAUCGGGAAACCCUCCUGACUCCAGAGACCUAGAGGCCAGAGGAGCCUCCAGGGACGAUAAUGAAGGACUCAGGGGAUCUGUGAAGACAAGGACCUGUUCUCCUGGAAUCUAGGCUACCCCGGCUGUGAGGCCUCCGCCCACAACUUCAUAGAUGUCCAUGUCUUCCACAGUGUGGGUUCUAGGCCGCCCUGCUGAAGAUGGAUAGCAAGACCAGCUAUUUCUGGUUCCUGCUUCACUGAUUGGAACUCUGUGGCUGUAGAUCGAUGUGACCUUCAGGCCACCCUUGCCUCUUGAGGAUCAAGAAUUAUGAUGUGCUGAGGACCAAGGAGGUUCACUCUCUCCCUUCAGACAGAGUCGUGUGCUGUCAGCUCAGGGUAUCUUGUCGUUGGGACAGGACCCUCCUGAUAGCCCGAUAAGCCUUGAAAAUCAUUAUGACUUUAGGUCCUUGGGGACCCAUGGAAAGCCAGGUUCACUUGAGGUACAGAGUCCUCAGAGAACUGUAUGGACCUUGUGACCUUCUGCUGUGUCUCCCAUAGCAGUAUCCCAGUCCAGCCUAGCUUCAGUAAAAAUCAAGGUAUUCACAAAGAGUCUUUGGGUUCUAGAUUGUUCCUAGUGAUGCUCAACUCAGCUUCCCUUGCCUCUUCCAGACUCUGGUCCUGAAGGAUAAGCAGGAGUUGGGAGGAGACUGCCUGCUGCGGACAUCCUCGAUCCACAGCCCCAUGCUGUCUCUGGGUACCUGCAUUUUACCUUCAGCAAAGGUUGCAUUCCCAACAGACGGAGGUUCAAGGCGCUGCUGGUGGUAGGGGUAGGUAGCACUGGGGACCGCAGACACGGUGAAAGGAAAACCCUCAAACACUUUCUACUUUCGCUUUUAGCAGAUUCAGCCAACAGACAAGACGUCUGUCCCCAUUGCCCAGAGGAACUAACAUGGUGGUGUUCAGUGAGAAGACCAAUCAGCCUCCCUAAUAAAGCAGGGCAGUCCACUCUGCUAUAAACCCUCUCACAUGCCUCUGCAGGAGGACAUUUUGUUUUCUCUGUUAAGGUCAAGUGAAGGUCACAGUGUCUCAUUUUAUUCUUCCCAAGACAAGUUCUGUGCAUCAAAAGCUGCUGCAAAUUCUACUCUAAUCGCUAUGUGGGAGGACUCGGGGAAGAAGUUGAUUCGUCUGGGCUUUGUGUUUUAGACCGUAUUGCAACAUACACUUGGGAAGGAAGAAACAGAAAAUACAUUGUGUUUCCUUGUUACGCCCUAAAGGAGGAAGUGCUUGGUUCUGUCAACUUCUCCAAGGUGCCAGACAGAGAAGGUGGAGAUACGGUUUCCGCAGCUGUGAAUUCCGGCACCACCUUUGGCCCUCACUUGCUUGUGUGAUCUUGGGCAACCCCUGCCCUUUGCCUUGCUUUGGUUUCCUCCUUGGUACAUCGGGAAUGGUAGGAAAGAAGAUGCCUUCAAGGGGCAUUCAUUAAAACCUCGUAUUGCUCUAA